UUCCCAUUUGUUACCAAUUGGUGGGCGUUCCCAGUCGUGAGUGGCUAAUACAACCUUCCCACUUGGUCAUGAAUGCAGAAUUAGACCUAAUCUUCAAACCACAGAACCAGUUUGCAUCCCAAUAGUGUCUCCUUUCUCCUGAAGUGUWCUCUCGUUCACUAAUUUCCACAAGUAGCAUGGAGGGAGUUUCCACAAUAUUUCUUGGACCAGUAUUUCCUUUCAAAUCAGUGAUGGGAAGUGCACAAAUGGACACUUUGGGAGUAGGUAGAGAUAAUUGGGACGUAAACAGUUUUUUUCUUCAGUAAUGUGUAUUUGUUUCUUUAAAACGGUUGCGUGUUGCAUUAUGGGUGACUAACAUCACAUUAGCCAAUCAAAUGCUUUAUAUGCUGAUGCGUUGUUAUGGAGUUAAAGUCAAACUGAAAACAUAGAAGACUGAUCAAACUUGGAUUAUGUUUGUUUAUAAAUUAUUAAACAUAUAUGAUAUAUUUUAAAAGUUGUAUGAAAUAGCCAGCGAAUUUUCAAAAAAAAUGUGUCUUCUGAAUUGGCCAAGACUGGCUCUUUGCUCUUAACGUAACGUUGCUUUUGGUCUAGCUAGCAAACUAACGUUAGCUAGCUAAGUUAGCUUAGUAGCUAGAUAUCUAACGUUAGCCAGCCCUCUGUUCAGUAGCGAAUGGCCUCGCCCGAACGGUUGAGUGCAUUGCGAGAGCGCAACAAAGACUUGUUGAUGCAGUUGAGGCACCAAACCGAAAGUUUGUUGACUAUCACCGGCACCAAAGGCAGCUCGGAGAAUGAUUCAAACCGGACAGCACAAAACAACACAACGAAAAACCCAGGUCAGAAUAAAGAAAAAAGUCCCCCUGCAGAGAACAUGGUGACCCUGAUAGAUGGUGACUUAGGCACUGCUAGGUCAGCUCUCAGCAAACCUACUGUACAGUUCAAGGAGAGAGACAACACUGAAACACAGGCAACAGCACCACUGAGAACGGAAGGUGAGGCAGUGGAAUCUGUGAAUGUCACCCUCUGUCAGACCUCUACACCAUACCUUAUCACAGGAACCAAGCUUAAACCAGGCCAAGCUGCAGAACACUCUACUGUUUACACAGGAUUUCUUCAAGACCGAGGCAAAGGCCCUCCUGCAACUCUUGUCAGAUCAUUGGAUAUUAGGAGGCCCUAUACCAGGCCAAUUUACUAUAAUCAGGAGAAUGAACGGAGGGAGGUGGGUAAAUACACAUUCCAAUCCCCUGGACUGGAGCAAACAUCAGCCUCAGACAGACAGCGUCUGCAGCCUUUACUGGGCUAUGACUGGAUAGCAGGGAUUGUGGAUGCAGAAAGCUCCUUGACAGAGCACUCUGAGCAGUUCUUCAAUGAUCUGCGCACUUUCCGACAGGUCAACAGAGAUGAGUGUGUCCACAGCCAACAAGCAGGAUUAUCUGAAGAGGACCUUUCACCCCCACCACUGUCAAUAGAGAAGGAAGACCAACAGCACACCAUGGACACUCACCAGUGUACGUUCUGUUACAGGAUCAACAGCCGACUGUUCCCAACCCCGUUGGAUUCUCAGGAGUCAUGCCCUGUGUGUAAGAAGCCCAAAUACAAAAUCCCCCACACUGCGGCUGAUCCAGCCUUUAUCAGGGUCAGCAUCCCUCGCUCCACGCUGUUGCCAGCAUACCAGUACAAAGCCCAUCGGAGGUGUAGCUUUGACCCCUCCGACAGCCUGGGUCUACCAUCGCACUGUCUGUCAGGCUGGUCUAACACAGUCCCCAGCACUGGGCAACAGCUCAGCAGCCUGGAUCUGAGGAGCUCUGUGGACACGAAGCCGGCAUGCUAUGGAGUCCCCUCUGCACAGCCACAGUCUAAGAAGUUUCUGGAUUUCUCAGUGUCCAGAGUGUCUGGCAGUCAGCGUUCUGAUCAGCUGCUUGACGUGUCUCGUUUGGCCCGCUACCGUUUCCAGCGCCUGCCUGCCAACAGCAAACCACACAGCCCGUCCUACCCUGUGUUCUGACAACCUAACAGCACUAUAAAACCUGUGUARUAUUAUGAUUUCAUAUUUUUACAUGAAAUCUUUAAUAAUGAUGACGAAUUAACCCUCAGCAGUUUUAACGUAGGAUUAUCAUUGUGGCUAUUGAAUCAUUAAUGUAUCUUAACACAUUAUAUAAGUGUAUGAUAGAAAAUUAAGUGCUUGAUUUUCAUUUUGAUGAGCUACCGAUUUUAUUAAAGGUGCAAUAUGCAGAAAUCGCUCCGCCAUUUCCUGGUUGCUAAAAUUCUAAUAGUUUAUGUGAUAAAAACAAGCAAUGUAUAGUGUAGAUAAUCAUUUCACAGCGGUUUAAGUGGUUCGGUUAUUUAAAAGAUAUUGUAUUUUCAGCUGUUUGAAGCUGGUGUACAAAACCGAAAGUAAAAGACGCAAAAACAGAACUUUAGAACGGGAAGCAUAGAAAUAGUGCACAUAGAACAUAUUGCAACUUUUAAGAUUGGUACCAAGAUAAUACAAUGUAAUUUGCUUAAAUAGUAUUACCAUCAAUUUACUUAAUUUCCAUUGUUAGGGUCGACAAAUUAAAUUAGAUUUCACCUUGUUAUUUUUUAUGAAUGCAUGUUGAUGUCUUUAGGGGUGGUGAUGAUUUCUGGGGCUUCAGAGGGACAAAUAGCGGACAUUAGUGUAAGUGUUGUGCAUACCUUAGAAACAAUUUGACUUGACUCAUUGUAAAAUGAAUAAWUUGACAGAAGGGAAGACCCUGUUUGAAUAAUCUUAAAAGGAAACCCUUGCGCCUUUCCUUGAACUGUUCCUAGGCCGUAAUUGUAAAUAAUAAUUUGCUCUUAACUGACUUGCCUAGUUAAAUA